AUGCCAUGUCAUUCUCCCCUUCUAUUACUUGCACCAAGAGGAGUUGCAGCCUUCAAUAUAGGAGCCUCUACAGUUCAUUCAAAACUAAAAAUUCCAAUACGAAAUUUUUCUGAACUAGAAGGAACACGGCUUACAAGUUUUCAAGAAGAAAUGUCACAUAUCAAAUACAUUUUGAUUGAUGAAAUGAGCUUCAUUGGUCAAAACAUGUUGGAGAGUAUAAAUUCUCGACUUAGACAAGCAUUACCACAAAGUGCAAACAUGAGAUUUGCAGGUAUAUCGAUGAUUUUGGUUGGAGAUUUGGGCCAGUUACUUCCUGUGAAUGAUACACCAGCAUAUGAUAGCAAUAAAAGGGCAAAGUUAUUAUGGGAAGAAUUCAAAACUAUGAUUACUUUAGAUAAAUUAUUCAGACAAGAUGGAGAAAACAUUCAGCAACAAAGGUUUCGUCAACUUUUGACAAAUCUAAGAGAUACAAACCCAAAAAGUGAUGACUGGAAGUUGUUGAUGAUGAGAACCCCUAUUAGCUUAGAUGUUGCAAGCAACAAUGAUUUUGACAAUGUUGUCCAUUUGUUCUCUACAAAUGAAAAUGUUCAUAAUCAUAAUAAGAGAAUGCUAUAUUCAUUGAACCAUCCCGUUGCUUGCAACAAGAGCAAGAAGUGUUAA